CGCACAGGACGGCGCACAAACAAUGUGAUUUUAUUUUUUUUUCGAUUUUUCUACCGUUUUUGAUUAUACAAUUUUUAGAAUAAGUAUCGUGAUAGUAUAUAGUUCGCGCGAUUUUUAUUUCGCUAUAGCUUUAGUGAUUAGGUGGUAAAUAUGUCGACAACAUUAUUCUACGCACAUUAUUUAUUGUUGAGAUAAUAUUUGAUGUUGUUGAAAAAUGAGAUCUCCGUUUAUUUUUGUGGAAGAAUUAUAGUUUUUGUUACACUGAUUCUAAAUCCCGGGGUUAGUGAAAUGUUUUUUAAAUCUUUAACAAAAAUAAGGAACUUUUUAAAAAUAUUAUGAAAAUUUCAUAUUAAUUUUCAUAAAGUAUUUUAAAACCUUAUAGUAUUAUUUAUAUAUUUAUUAAAUAUAAAAGAAGAAGCGAUCUACAGUACCUAUUGAACAUGAUGGCCACGGAACGAGAUCGCGGCGAGCGUGAUUACAUUGGAUUCGCGACUCUACCGGAGCAAGUGCAUCGAAAAUCAGUAAAAAGAGGAUUCGAUUUCACGCUCAUGGUUGUAGGAGAAUCUGGCCUAGGCAAAUCCACUCUCAUCAACAGCUUAUUCCUGGGAGACCUGUACAAAAAUAGAAAAAUUCCUAAUAUUCAAGAUAGGCUAGAGAAAACAACAACAAUAGAAAAGAAAACUAUGGAAAUUGAGGAACGCGGUGUAAAACUGCGUCUGACUAUAGUGGAUACUCCGGGGUUCGGUGACGCGAUCAAUUGUGAAGAUUCAUGGAGAGUUUGUUCUGCUUACGUGGAUGAGCAGUUCCGACAAUACUUCACUGAUGAGAGUGGCCUAAACAGAAGGCAUAUGCAGGAUAAUAGGGUGCAUUGUUGCCUUUAUUUUGUUCCGCCGUGGGCUCAUAGCUUGCGGCAGGUAGAUUUAGAAAUGAUGAAGCGACUGCACCGCAAAGUCAACAUUGUGGUUGUAAUCGCGAAAGCUGACUCGCUCACUGCUGCCGAAGUGAAGCGGCUCAAGGCGCGCAUACUAAGUGACCUGGAUGAACAUCAGAUACAAGUAUACCAAUUCCCCGAGUGCGACAGCGACGAGGACGAGGAGUUCAAGCAGCAAGACCGUGACUUGAAGGCGGCCGCGCCGUUCGCGGUCGUGGCCGCGGACACCGUGCUCGAGGUGGGCGGCAAGAGGAUACGCGGCAGACAGUAUCCGUGGGGAAUUGUGGACGUGGAGAACCCAAGACACUCGGACUUCACGAAGCUGCGCACGAUGCUGAUAUCCACCCACAUGCAAGACCUGAAGGACGUGACGCAAGACGUGCACUACGAGAACUUUAGGGCGCAGUGCAUCUCGCAGAUAUCGCAGCACGCUAUGCGGGAAAGAGGGAAACUCAAGCGAGACUCUAUGGGCAAUAACCACGACGUCGCAAUAACUGACACCGAUCGACUAUUGUUGCAGAAAGACGAGGAGAUAAGACGAAUGCAGGACAUGCUAACACAGAUGCAAGAAAAGCUAAAGGCGUCCGACAAGAAACACGACAGCAUCAUAGACGUAUAGACUGCAUUGUGUAGAAUAGUCAAAUUGCAAUGUUUACAUAGAAGUAUUAAAACGAACCUCUUUAGAAAAAUUGGAUGAAUUUAGACUUUUGAUAAACUUACCUACAUGUAGUUGUUAACUUACGGUUUCUAUUCAAUCCAUCUUUUUAAACUCUACAGUGUCAACAUUGUUCUUUGGUUCGACAAAUAACAAUAUUGACAAGUAUUGGGAAAUAUCAGAUGGUCUGAAUAGAGAUAUUUGGCACUAAAUAUUGUACCUAGGGCUAAUCAGUUAGGCGAGUCUCGAUAAAUUGCAAUUAUGAAUUAAUACAAAACGGACUGCAAUAAUAACCAUCCAUUAUUGUAUCUAUUUAAUUUUCCUGGUAAGAUAUUUAGGUAACCUAUGCAUUAAUAAAUAAAUAUUAUCUAACUUACAAUAUACCUAGAUUAAAAACUCACUCGCCUAUGUUCGAGACUCGAAACUACCUACCUAGUAAUACAUAGUAUACAAUUUUUUUAUUUUUGAAUUAACAUCAUACGAUUGGAUUAUAAAACGAUUUUAUGUAAAUAAAAAAAUAAUGUGUUCCAUUGUUUUCCCAUAAAAGUUUCACAGUUAUUGACCUAACAUCUAAACUCUAAAUUCAAUUAUUUCGUUGAAAAAAAAAUACAAUUGGUUCAAUAAUUUACUUACAAGGAAAAAAAACAUUCAAUGUUUUCCGUAGUUUAAAUUUUUAAAUGUUUAGCACAAAUAAUUUCAUUGGUAGAUAAUUAUUUCUAACCUUUUAUGUACAUAAUUAUAUAAUAAUAACUACAUAUUUAAUUUACUUUAAGAUUUUUGAAAAUUUACUUCAAUCGUUAAACAUUUCCAUUGAAAUUCCAUAUCUUUCAUUUUUAAUGUAUAUAGGUGACAAAGUAUUUAUUAUGGGAGCGUUUAAAGGAUUAUUCUUAUUUGCAAAUAACGAAAACAUCAAUAUAAUAUUAUAUAUUAGUAAUUACCAGCUGUCAUAUAGAUAAUAAUCAGUGGAUCACCUACAGUUAAUGAUUUAAAAGAAAAUAUUAAUUAGAAGUAGGCAAUUAACUAAGUAUUAAUUAUUAUUAAGACUUAUGAUCUUAACAAUAAUUAGUAGUACUAGUCUAUUUAUUGUUAUUCACAUUGAAAUGUAACAAUGACACAUCUUAAUUUAGAGACUAAUUUUUUUAAGAAACAUUUCUUUAUUGCUUUAUAUAUUUUAAUGAUCCUGUUAUCAUACAGAAUAUUAUACAUAUUACAUAAUAUCUGAAUGACCCUUUAAUCGGUAUCGAUUAAAGUAUUCCACGUACCUUAUACCUAUUAUUGUUUAUUGCGAAGAUUAAAACCAAAGUUUUACACUGUACAAUUGAUAUUAUUUUUUAUUAUUAACUAUUAAAUAAAUUGAUACUUUAUUUAAA